GUUUCCGCAUUCCGCUGGGAUUGUAAACUAAGUGACAGCGCUGCCGCUAAUUCUGCAGGGCACAAGGGACUGAAAUCCUCCGGGGAAAAGUGGUCCCACAGAUCUGCGUCGAAAACCGAAGAUGCCUUACAUUCUGGUCAGCACACAGAUCCGGAUGGAGUCCGGGCCCACCAGGGUCGGUGAUGAGUAUUCAGAUCCUGCCCUCAUGACCUAUUUGGGAGCAAGGAAAACUACCAUGCUGGGCAACAACUUUUCAGAAUACUAUGUGGAUGAACCACCACGAUUAAUCCUGGACAAGCUGGAGAAGGCUGGCUACAGAGUUGUGACCAUGACAGGAGUCGGUCAGACUCUGGUGUGGUGCCUUCACAAAGAGACUAGCGAGCUUGAUCAACAUCCUAUAACGUCAUGAUAUGAAGUGUGUGUUUUAAAAAAAAUGAACACACACAAAACCACAAGGUUAUCUGUCAUAGGCAGAUGUGAGCAGUGUCGACUUGAGACUAGUGUUGAAAAUGCAAUUGCUAGUUUUUGUUUUGUUUUGUUUUUCAUUGUGAAAAUGUUUUGUAAUUAAAACUUCAAAAGGGGAAUUUCUGUCUUCGAAAAACUAAACCAAUCAAAUCAGACAUUUUCUUAUUAAUUAAUUGGGGAAAAAUUUUUUUGUUGUUUCAGUUGUUUUGUCUUGCCCUAAUACCUGUGUUGUUUAGGGGGCUUACAAAAGACGCCUAACACUCUUAUUAAUGUGGUGUAUUAAAGUAGACUUCUUGGUACUCAAUUCUUUCUCAUCUAUCACGGAUUUAUUAUUUUUCAUUCUGAAAAUGUUUUGAAAUGAAAACUCCAAACGGAGAAUUUCUCUCUUUGUAAACCUAAGCCAAUCCAACCUGACAUUAUAUAAUCAAAUCAGAAACAGCACAAGGCACGUCAGUUCAGUAGUGACUGCUGUUUAUUCCUGUUUAGACAUGUUUAAAUGUAUGUACUUCAAAUGAACCAUAUGAAAGGCCAGUAAUUAGUAUACAUAUUUCUGCUUCUGUCAUUAAUGUUAGGCGCUUCAUUAAAUAUAAUUCUACACAUAGGUCAACCUAAUUUCUCAUCCAAACAUCAUGUCAUUGUUGAGUUUAUUGCUUUAUUCAGCUCCGUGCUGUAUGUUGAGUUGUUUACAUUUUUUUGCUGGACUGUGUAAAUCAGUGAUGUCGCACUCCACCACAUCACUACAGACUUCAGUAUUCCACCUCAUUUAACACCUGAUUUAACUCAUCAGAUCAAGGCUUUCUGGGCUGAAUUUGGUCUGUUUGAAGAUGGGAAAUCACAAGGUGAUGUUUCUAGGACCUUUUUUGACAGCGGUGAUGUAAAUGUACUUUGAUGCAUGUUUGUGAUUCCAAUAAAAAUAAACGUUUAAAGAAAAUUUCCUUUGAGCAUUACGUUGUAGUACUAGCCUGAUGGAUGGAUUUUCUUGAGAUUGAUGGAUAGUUUUCUUGCCAUCCAAAAGAGGUAGGGAAAAGAAUUUGAAUACUUCCUUUUGUGUGUGUGUGAGAGAGAGAGAGACCACACACAUCAUAAUAGCAUGAUAUUUAUGAUACUGAUUUAUAACCGCUUAUAACUUUACAUGUUCCUUUGGGCAGUGUGGUGAUGUAGCAGGUAACACUGCAGCCUCACUGUUCUGUAUGAAAGUUCGUCCUGUGUUUCCUCCCAAAAAUAGGUUACAAAUAAUCUGGCUAAAAUUCUAGUUUCAUGGUUUUCACCUUGUGCUCUGUUUUUUUUUUUUUUUAAUAAAUUUUUACAAACUGUUUUAAACGGCCUGCCUUUGUUUGAAUAAACUUUUUUUUUUUACCUG